AUGGCUCCUACCAUCAAAGUUGGUGAUAUUAUACCGGAAGCAACCUUCUCUUACAUCCCUUACAGCCCAGAGCUGGAGAGCGGUCUCGUUUGUGGCACCCCCAUUAAGCUUGAUAUCCACAAGGAUUGGAAAGGAAAGAAGGUCGUUCUUUUUGCAGUCCCGGGGGCUUUUACACCUACUUGCCAUGUGAACCAUCUCCCACCUUACCUUGAGAAGUAUAGUGAAUUCAAGGCAAAAGGAGUAGACAUCAUUGCAGUUAUCGCUGGGAAUGAUCCUUUCGUCAUGAGCGGAUGGGGUCGCUUUAGUGGUCUCAAGGAUAAGAUUCUUACCCUCUCUGACACCGACGCUGAAUGGUCGAAGAAGCAUGGAUUGGGAAACGCCAGUGCUGAGCAACGAACGGGUCGAUAUGCUAUGAUCUUGGAUGAUUUGAAGGUCCAGUACAUAGAUAUCGAGACGGCGCGAGGUGUAGCUGUUUCUGGUGCAGAUGCUGUUUUGAACAAGUUAUAG